AUGAUGUCUCCAAAAGUUAUUAUUGUUUCAUCAGACUCUGAAAAAUUUCCAGUUGAACAAAAAAUUGCUGAAAAAUCAAUUUUAAUUAAAAACAUGAUAAAUGAUUUAAAUCCAGAUGGUUUAACUGAAGAUUUUGAAAUUCCAACACCAAAUGUUAGAGCUAAUGUUUUAUCAAAAGUUUUAGAAUGGUGCGAACAUCAUAAAAAUACUGUUUUUCAAGAUGAUGAAGAUGAAGAUGCUAAAAAAUCUGUUCCUGUUGAAGAAUGGGAUAGAAAUUUUUUAAAAGUUGAUCAAGAAAUGUUAUAUGAAAUUAUUUUAGCUGCUAAUUAUUUAAAUAUUAAACCGUUAUUAGAUUCUGGUUGUAAAAUGGUUGCUGAGAUGAUUAAAUCAAAAUCUCCUGAAGAAUUGAGAAAAACUUUUAAUAUUGUUAAUGAUUUUUCUCCAGAAGAAGAAGCUGCAAUUCGAAAAGAAAAUGAAUGGGCAGAAGAUAGAUAA